AUGACAACGCUCGACCACACAUCCUACCCAGACAUCCUGGACCGCAUCAUCUCCCUUUCGCCGGACGACGUCCUCCCCCAACUGCGCCUGGUGUCGCGGUACUGCCGGGACGCGGUGGACGCAAGACGGCUCUCCCACGCCGUGCUGGAGGCCAAUCCUCGUCGCGACUGCCCGCCCUUGUUCCCGAGCAGAAGCGACGACGUGGACCGUUCAUGGCCGUUCCUCCUCUCCCUAGCGGGCACGCGGCUGCCAUACCUCCCGCACCUCGUCCAUACGCUUGACCAACGCGCCGCCGCCCACCCCAGCAAGCAGCUCUCGAACGACUUCAGCCUGCAUACCCUCCGCCGCAUGCGUGGCGCGUACGUCGACCCCGUGGGCUACCUCUUCCCCGAGCCGCACUUCCAGCCUCGCGCGCGAACAAUAGUGGACUUUAUCGAGGUCAUCCGGGUGCGGUUCGCGGAGGGUGAUGGGCCGCAGGCGCGGCAAUACGUCGACAGCACACUGCACGCGACAGAAAGCUAUGUUCUCCACCUGCGUGUCGUGCAUGCGGGCGCGCGCCCACCAGCUAUCACGGUGCGCAAUGCCCUCGGCGCGACGCGCUUCACCCUGGUCCUCUGGCACGGCCACGAUGCGCCGCUCGAGCUGCCCCAUCUCGGCGUCUACUCGGCCCUCGAGACCUUCCUGCGCGAGUGGGACGGCGGCGAGGUAUCCAUCACGCUCGUCGGUAUGGAGGUCGCGGCACCGGAAAGCCGUCCAGAGGCCUCCUGGGCAGCGGGCGGAAGCACCGCCCAAGCGCUGUGGGACGGGUGGAUGGCGUAUCUCGCCGACGAAGCGUACGUCGAGAUCGACGAGCGACCCGUGUUCCUCAGGGAUGCUGCGCUUGUCGAGCAAGUCAGGCGCGUGUUCAGGGUCGUCACCUACGCCCAGUGGUGGGCCGAGCUUGGGAGCCGGAGAGAGGUCGAGGGGGUGUGGCCGACCGAGGCCAGCUUCGAAGAGGACGACGAUGGAGAGUUUAUCGUCUGA